AUGAACGGAACUUUAAACGAGACGACAUCAUGGGCAGGCAGGAGUGUGCAUCUCCCGAUAGUAGCGUACCUCGCCCCGCCGCUCUACGGGAUCAUCUUCCUGGUCGGCUUCGUGGGCAACUCGCUGGUCAUCUACGUGGUGGCUCGCUUCGCGGAGAUGCGGAACGUCACCAACUACUUCAUCAUGAACCUGGCCGUGACAGACCUGGCGUUUCUCGUCUUCUGUGUGCCCUUCACGGCAGCGAGCUACAUUCUACCGUCCUGGGUCUUCGGACUGUCCAUGUGCAAGUUCGUCCACUACAUGAUGCAGGUGACCGCUCAGGCCACUUGCUUGACCCUGGCCAUCAUGAGCAUUGACCGCUACUGCGCCAUUGUCCAUCCUAUCGGCUCUCUGGGGUUCCGGAAGCGCCGCAUCGCCAUUGUCCUGAACAUCUGCACAUGGAUCGCGUCUUUCCUGCUGGCCCUCCCCGUGGUUCUGUACUACGAGCUGGUGCCCAUCCCGUGGUUCGGGAUCCGGACGUUCUGCCGCCCCGUGUGGCCGUCCCCCUCCUUCGAGCAGGGCUACAUGAUCUACACCGUCCUCAUCACGUACUUCAUCCCGCUGGUGGUGUGUGCCGUCAUGUGCGGGUUCAUCCUCAAGCGGCUGUGGAACCGCUUCAAGACGAGCGAGACCAGACCCCGUAACCACGCCCUGCAGACCAGACGCAUCAGUUUCAUGGUGAUCGGAGUGGUGGUACUGUUCACCCUGUGCUGGCUGCCCAACCACGCUCUCAACCUGUGGCGCAUGGUCAACAUCAAAAACAAGGUCACCACCACUGUCUACUACCUGAAGGUCAUCGCCCUGUUCCUGAGUUAUGCCAACUCUGCCAUCAACCCGUUUGUCUACACCUUUGUGGGGGAAAACUUCCGCAACUGCCUGCGGCAGAUGUGUCACCGUAGGAAGGACUCCGCCCUGGCACAGAAGGCCAAGGUCACGUCCAAACCCAGCUACAACACCGGGACCACCACCGUCACCGCCCCCACAAAAAUCUCGGUGCGCGGGCCGUCGUCCGCCCUCUCCGCCGGUGGCGGCACCAGGGGCAGCGUCAAGCAAAUGUCGCCCAACAAGUGGGACGUCCUAGAGGUCGAAGAGUAA